GGCUCGGCUCGGCUCGGCUCCCCGGCGCGCCCGGCCAUGACCUGUCCGUCACUCGCCGCCUCCCGCGUCGGAGGAGGCGGCUGGCGGCGAGCCAGCAGCGCCGAGGGUAUUAAUAAGCAGCCCAGAAGCAGCGGCCUGGGCACCUGCCGGUGUGCGAGGCGCAGGCUGCGGGCUCGGCUCGGGCACGGCGCGGCUUGGCUCAGGAGCAGCCAGGGCCACGCCUGGGAGGUGCCUCCUCUGCUCUCCUCUCCAGCCCGCACCCGGCUUCCACCGCGAGGGCGGCAUGGAGGUUGGUACUUGCAAGCAGGAGAUACUCCAGAAGAAGAGUGCUGUUCUGGUGGAUGGCAUCAUCUUAAACGGCCCAAUAAUGGACUCAAAGGCAGGAGAGAAGUUUGUGGAAGAGGCCUGUAAGAUUAUAAUGGAAGAAGUAAUCCAGAAAGCUGAUGAUGUAACAGAAAAGGUGUGUGAGUGGCGAGCCCCUGAGGCACUGAAGCAGAUUCUUGACCUGGAAAUCAGGGAUGAUGGAGAGUCUCAUCCGAAGCUCCUGCAGCUCUGCCGGGAUGUUAUACAAUACAGUGUCAAAACCAGUCAUCCCAGAUUUUUUAAUCAGCUGUAUGCUGGAACAGAUUAUUACUCCUUAGUGGCUCGAUUCAUUACAGAAGCGCUGAACCCAAGUCUGUACACGUAUGAAGUAUCUCCUGUGUUUCUGUUGGUGGAAGAAGCAGUCAUCAAGAAAAUGAUUGAGUUCAUAGGCUGGGAAGAAGGCGAUGGGAUAUUUAAUCCAGGUGGCUCUGUUUCUAACAUGUAUGCUAUGAACCUGGCAAGAUACAAGUUCUGCCCUGAGAUAAAGGAGAAAGGGCUCUCAGGUUUGCCACGGCUCGUCCUGUUCGCUUCAGAGGAGUGCCAUUACUCCAUGAAAAAGGCAGCCUCCUUCCUGGGUAUUGGUACAGAGAACGUUUACUUCAUCAAAACAGAUGCCAGAGGUAAGAUGAUACCUGAGGAACUGGAGAAACAAGUCCAACGGGCCAGGAAAGAGGGGUCAGCACCGUUUCUUGUCUGUGCUACAGCAGGCACAACAGUGCUGGGAGCGUUUGAUCCUCUGGAUGAAGUCGCCAGCAUCUGUGAGCAGCACGGCCUCUGGCUGCACGUCGACGCUUCUUGGGGUGGCUCAGCUUUGGUGUCGAGAAAGCAUCGCAGGCUUCUCCAUGGCAUCCACAGGGCUGAUUCUGUUGCCUGGAAUCCCCAUAAAAUGCUGCUGGCAGGAAUCCAGUGCUGCGCUCUGCUGGUGAAAGACAAUUCUGGCCUGCUGAAGAAGUGUUACUCUGCCAAGGCUGCAUACCUCUUCCAGCAGGACAAGUUCUACGAUGUCAGCUACGACACUGGUGACAAGUCUGUGCAGUGCAGCAGGCGUCCAGAUGCAUUCAAGUUCUGGCUCAUGUGGAAAGCACUGGGCACCACAGGCCUUGAGGAGAGAGUUAACAGGGCACUGGCUUUGGCUAGAUAUCUAGUGGAGGAAAUCAAGAAAAGAGAGGGAUUCCAGCUUCUUUUGGAGCCAGAGUAUGCAAAUGUCUGCUUCUGGUACAUUCCACCAAGCUUAAGAAAAAUGAAGGAUGGACCUGAAUUUUGGCAGAAGCUACACCAGGUUGCUCCAGUUGUUAAAGAGAGAAUGAUGAAGAAAGGCAGCAUGAUGCUUGGGUACCAACCUCACCAGGGCAAAGUCAACUUCUUCCGGCAGGUGGUGAUCAGCCCACAUGCCACUCGAGAGGACAUGGACUUCCUGCUGGAUGAAAUUGAGCUGCUUGCUGAGGAUUUGUAGCUGUAGCUGCACAAGCACCAGCCACUGCUGGUGUGGAAUGUGUGCAAGGAGAAUGGCAGCAGGAUUCUGGGGCUGUUUUGUGAGAGGUAGUAAAAAGCUUAACCUACCUGUUGGGCACUGUGAUUCUGGGUGCUGUGGAGAGCUUUGCAGGUGGAACACUUCUUCACAGGGAAGUGUUUGCUGAUGGGGGCCGAGACAGUGCUUGCAGCACCACUGCCAUUAUGGGAAGUGUUUCCUCAAGAAGGGCACACUUCUAAAGGUGGUGUCUGUGUCCCAGGCAGGGCAGCUGUUUUCAGGUGCCUGUGCACAGUGUGCCUCCAACCAGUCAUUUAUACAUGCAGGCAGUGCCCCUCUACUGCUGCUGCUGCUAGAAGUGGACUUACAUGCUAAUUAAUACUCUGUCUACUCGGUUAAUGUUUUAGUUUGCUGUGUGUUUAAGGGUAGAGGCCUGGUCCAUAAUUACACUGGUAAGCUUGGAAUUUGCAGACUUAACAGGAAGAGUUCCUCCAGGCCCCUAACUAGAUGGAGUGCCCAAAUGUUUUGCUAUUAACACAGGCAGAGUGCAUUUGGACUUGGUGAGGUAGUGUCGCCAUCCUGGGAGGUUUACAGGAUCUCCUGCACAAAGUCCCAAGCACCCAAUAUUGACUUUGCUCUGACUAGACUGAAGAAGAUGACCUAUUAAGAUGGCUUCUAAGCUACAGGAUUUUGUGAUUCUACGAGGUACAGUCAUUGGGCCCCACCAGUGUUUGCCAGUGCUGUCUGGCUGCAAUAUCAUCACCGCUGCAGCAGCGCACUUGGAACUUCUGAAUCCUCUCUUAGCAGGAGUUACCUACAGUUUCUGAGUGGCUGUUCACCUCCCUCUCUUGUCAAAGUGAUAGGAUGUAUCCAGUAGCUUUCAGAUGUACUUUAAAAUUAUAACAGAAGGAAAAAAUAUGCUUAGCUGAAAGACAAAGCAUUUUGAUGCAUGGUGGCUAUAUAUGUAUUAAUCAUGUAGCAAAAUUACUUGCCAUUGUUUGUGUUUCUCUGCAGAUUGAUGAUGGCUCAGUCUUCAUGUUACCAGGCUAUAAUUUGACACUGACAUUAAGGUGAUAGUGAUCAUAGGAGGCCUGCUUGUGAUUUUAGGAGUUGAGCAGGGUGAAUAUUUUUGGUCAAUCUUAACUAGCAAAAUUAAGUUCUACAUUUUGUCUUUAUCUGAAGAACUGCCCUGCACUUCUGCUUUUAUUCUAUUAAAAAAGUGAUCUGUUUUGCAAAGGUAGAAAUGUUCUUGCAGCAAGCUAAUGGGAACAAGCACAUCUUUCACCUUGUCAUCUGUGUCUACUUCACCUAUGUUGGUGUUUGUCCCUUAUGCUGUAUUGGAGAUAGUAGCGACCAAGGCAAACCUUUUGACUGUGUUUUCUGUCCUGCUGUAAGCUGUCUUUAAACACAGCACUUCUUUGUUUCUAUUGUAUUAGCAUCCACCAUUGCUACAUUCCUACUUCCAGUCAUCAGGAGGAUGGUGUGGAAAGUGUAAGAAGGUCAUGACAACUGAAAAGGUCACUCUGUCAGAGCAGUAGAUAGGAUCAAGAGUCACCCAGCAGCAUUUAACAGUGUCCUGGAAGUGACUGUCCCUGUGCUGUUGCAGAGAUCCCCUGGGCUUUAUGCCAGAGCUCCUAUUGACAUUAGUAUAAAAAUGAGUAUCACAAUGUGGCCUCUGGAUGCUGGCCUGGAAUACCUAUAGGUCACUUUCUCCUUCAUUCUCCUGUUUCUGGCUACACCACCCAGAAAGUCCUACCUAAAUUCUGUGUGGUUUGUUUACCCUCCCAGCCACUCCAGGAGGUGUGAAAAGUACACAAGGCUGCUGCAUGGCUGGGAUGCAUUUGCUGUUGCUUCUUGAAUUAGAAAGGACUGUUACCUUUUCACCUUCUCUCUUAGACCUUGGAGGGAAAGACAGAACAGUGUUGGGGUGUUCUGAUUAUGGCUCAGGUUCUUGGCAAGUACUUGAGUUUUGAUUGAUGAGGAGCCACCACCUCCUGUCAGCUAAGAAUUUGGUCUGUGCUGUUUUGUGAUGCAAUUAUUGUCAAAAAAAGGUGUUGCUGUCUGCUCCUCAUUGCAGGGCAUUUCUGUUUCUGGAUACUGUGGCACAGCAGAUAGCAGACUGAUGCAGCACAGUUCCUCUCUGCAGCAGUAGUGGCCAUAGUGCUUUUAAAUGACAGCAAAACAGAGCUUCUUAACUGUUUGCAGAAAAUAGGUUUCUGAUCCAGACAUGCACAAAGCUCUGGAUUAAUCUUCCUGUGUGCUGUAUGUUAUCUAAUCCAUAUAUUGCCAGCUAUUUCUGACCCUUUACCUCUCCUGUCCCAGGUGUGCAGUAGGAUGAUCUCAUUUCAAGACUAUUGUGAUUUCCUUACAGUUGCCUAUUUAAGACUGGGAUGUACAAAAGGUCUGUUUUGUAGCUGGUGAUUUGAAUAAAAAGAGAACUAAGUGAGACCCUUAAAA